AUCAUAAAUAAUAGAAAAAUGAUCAUAAAUAAUAAUAAAUAAUAAAUAGAAGCUUUCGUGUACACAAUGAGAAUAGUAAUAAGAACAUAAGAAGAACACAUUAAACAAAAAAGUUUUUAUCUUAUAAGGAACAAAUUUUUCUAUUAAUUUUUAAACGGUUACAGGAGCUGUGAACUAAUAAAGGUCGUUUACUAAUAUUUGUUAUUUACAAUAUGGCUCCCUAUUGAUUUCGUGUUAUUUUUGCUUGCUUUCAAAGAGAAACUCAAGAAAAAAGUUAAAUAUCACUCUGAAAUUGUUUUUGGCAUUUAUUUAUAUAAUUUCAGAACGCAGUGGAAUAGAAGGUGGGUAUUUUAUCUUUAUUCCCAUUCCACAAGUCGAGAGAUUAAUGGAGUUCUCUUGAAACAUUGGAAAAUAUAACGUUUUGCUAUCAAUCUGGCUGCAGUGGUCGUUAAGAUGAGAUCUGUAUACAAUGGUUUGUAUUAGCAACAACAAACCACCCAAAUCAAAGUGCAAAAAAACGCCAAACAAGAAAGAAAUCCCAGCAACUCAUGUUGAAGAAAAUCAUCUAAAAGACGUUCUUAAAAGAGUCGAUAGUCUAAGGCACCACGGUCAACUUGGAUUUUGCGAUGUUAUACUUAGACUUGACGGACAUGAAUUCUCUGCUCACAAGAUUAUACUAGCUUCGUGUUCUGAUUAUUUCUAUGCAAUGUUUAACGGUAAUAUGAAAGAAAGUAAAGAAAAAAUAAUAGAAAUUAAUAGUGUCAGCUUAGAUGUAAUGAAAUUAGUUCUGAACUUUAUAUAUACUGGAAGUAUACAAUUAAGCAACGAUAAUGUUGAAGAUGUUUUACAAGCAGCAAAUUUAAUGCUAAUAAAGUCUUUGAAAGAAGUUUGCUGCAGAUUCCUUGAAACUCUUUUAACUGUUAAUAAUUGUCUUGGAAUGCAAAAAUUUGCCGAGUCUUACGCAUGUGAAAAUCUCUUUAAUAUUACAACUAAUUUUAUUCAUGAAAAUUUUGGUUAUGUAAUGGAUUGUGACGAAUUUCUUCAGAUGCAAGCCGCUCAAUUAGAACCAAUCCUUGCAAGUGAUGAAUUAAGAGUACUUAAUGAAGAACAUGUUUAUGAAGCUUUGAUAAGAUGGAUUAAAUAUGACAUAAAAAUCAGAAAACUUUAUUUUUUAAAUCUAUUAUCGUUAAUUCGGUUACCUUUAGUAUCACCCGAUUACUUAGUUGAUCGAGUUGAAACAGAACCUUUAAUCAACGAGUUUCCCAAAUGUAAAGAACUUUUGUUAGAAGCUCAUCAUUAUAUGUUACUUCCAAAUCGAAAAAUAGGCAGUUUAAAUUCAAGAACGCGACCAAGAAAAUAUGAAAACGGUAAUGAAAUUUUAGUAGCAUGCGGUGGAAAUGGAGAGCCUUCAUCAAAUUCUACAGUAUUUACUUACCACAUGGUUAAAAACUAUUGGAAUGAACUUCCCAGAAUGGUACCCGAGCGUGGUUAUCAUGGGCUAGCCACAAUUAACGGAGAGAUGUUUGUUGUUGGUGGUAUAACAACUACACGCACUGAAGGAAGAGAAAGUACAAUUGAAAUGUUGGAUACAGUAAAAAAAUAUGAUAUGGAGCAAGCCAUAUGGGUGAGCGUAGCAUCAUUGCAUGCAAGACGAAGCAAAAUGUCAGUUAUUGAAUGUGCCGGUAAUAUCUACGCUAUUGGUGGUUUCGAUGGAGCUCAAACUCUAAAUUCUGUAGAAUGCUACUGUCCAAUUACUGAUAGAUGGAAGUUUGUAUCUCCAAUGAUCACUCAUCGUCGUUGUACAUGUGCAGUUUCUUGCGGAAACUUUAUAUUUGUGGUAGGCGGUCACGACGGCGCUCAAAUACUUAAUACCAUAGAAACUUAUGAUGUUGAGAGAGACGUUUGGUCAAACACUGAGAUCGCACCAAUGACUGAUCGCCGAUCAUUUCCUUGUGCAGUUAAUAUAAACGAUGAGAUAUAUGUAAUGGGAGGUUAUGAUGGACACGAUACACUGCGAUCGUGUGAGUUUUUUAGUAUCUCAGGUAAUGAAUGGGUCAGUAUUGAACCAAUGAGCGUUGCAAGAUCUAACGCAGGAGCAAUUUUUAUGAAUCGCAAAAUUUAUGUAGUUGGUGGAUGGGAUGGCGUCAGUCUCAACUCAGUUGAAUACUAUGACUUAGUAACUCAUGAGUGGGUCCGUAUCUCUAGUUUACCUAGACCAGCAACAGGUAUAAGAUGUGGCAUACUAAUCAACCCGACGCUGAAUGAACAAAAACCCAGACAAAAAAGUAACAAGGCGAAUUCCUGUUUGAUAUCAUAAUGAAUUUCUUAUUUUUUUUAUAUAUAUAUAAAACUAUAUAUACAUUAUACAAAUCACUUUGUAAAAAACAUUUUAUUAAGGAACAAGAUUUUGCUAUUA